CCAGGCCACGCUCCAAUGUAACGGAGGGGAGGGCUGCUUGUCGGUGAUUUUUUUCUUUUAGGGGUCGGGGAAUUGGGAGGGAUUGUCUGAGCCCUUUGUGGGAUGGAAGUCCGGCGACCAGUCAGCGGCGCAUCCUCCCCUCCAUCCCAUCACACCCCGGCACUCUCCCACUCGCUCUCCCUCCCUUCCUGGGCCCAUCUGGGAUGCCUGGGAUGGCCUGGGACGACCGCGAGCUUGCUCCAGGGCCACCCGCUCGCGAAUCGCGUCGCCUCCCGCCCCUCACUCAUGCAACGUGCGAUCUUGGGCGCUGCUGCAGCCAUGGUGGCCGCAUGGUUGGCGUGGCUUCUGGCUGCCGCCUGCGACAUGACGAAGGCAUGUCUUGCAAAUUCAAUUGCGAUUCGACUGGCAGCUCACAACUUGCAGCCACGCAGCCACGCCAAGUCUCACUGCCUUUUCACCGCUCAUGCGCUCGGCAACACUGAUUGCGUGUUUCACCACCUCAGACCCCAUGUGUUGCUUUUGUUUCCUCCCCUCUGUGUGCUGUGUGGGAUUCCGGAGGCACUUGCCUCACCCUCACGGCCUGAGACAGCGUUGGUCUGCGACCAGCUUGACACUACGCACGUCGAUCCUACGGAAUGCCUUCCUGUCUCGGAUUCGUACUCACCAGCCAUAUCGGCUCGGACUCGUAGACCGCCCUUCCGCUCUAUUCCGCACCGAAAGCGGGAAACCCGAAUUCCCCAUCUCUGAAGUGUACGAAUAUUAUGGAGAAGGACCUUUUCGGUCGGAGCCGAUCCCCUCGUCGGAUCUCGUUUUGCCGCCGCUGACUGAUGAGAUCCGCUAUUCGUUCUCUCCCUCUCCGGAUUUGUCCAGCCUGCAAACCU